AUGGAGUCCGACAACACCACGCUGAGUACUGAGCAGUUGGUUAUGGAGAAUGAGACGGGGAGCAGAGCCGAGUGUGGGUUGGAGAUGGCACAAGGAAUCAAUGUGCAGCCGCCUGCCUCCGGAGGCGUUUGCCGCUCCAGCUGCGAGGCUCGCUCUCGAAAACUCCGACUUCGCGGAACCGAGAUAUCACUUGGAAGCUGCCCUCCAACUUUAAAAAAGUGUAUGAAGAUCUUCGCGGAGUAG